ACCGUCAUCAGUAUAUAUGCAGCAAGACUCAAGCAAUUAAUUAGAUAGCCAGUCGUUGCUCUGUCAUGGCUCAAGUGUUGCAGCCGCUGCGCCAUGUUCUCCAUGAGCUGAUGCUGCCGCAAGCAUCAGCACCACUAGUCUCCAUGCUGCUCAUCAUCGUCGUCUGUCCUCUUGUCGCCCUCCUGAUGAUCCUGCGCCGCCCAUCGACGGCGGCCACCGCAACAAGAUCAGCCAGCGACAGAGAACAGCUGCUGAGCAAGCUGCCUUCGCCCCCCGGCAGGCUCCCCGUCAUCGGCCACCUCCACCUGGUCGGCUCCCUCCCGCACGUCUCCCUCCGCGACCUCGCCGCCAGGCACGGCCGCGACGGCCUGAUGCUCCUCCGCCUCGGCGCCGUCCCGACGCUCGUCGUCUCCUCGCCGCGCGCCGCGCAGGCCGUCCUCCGCACGCACGACCACCUCUUCGCGUCCCGGGCCUACUCCCCCGUCACCGACAUCCUCUUCUACGGCUCCACGGACGUGGCCUUCGCCCCCUACGGCGAGCACUGGCGGCAGGUCCGGAAGAUCGCCACCACGCACCUGCUCACCGCCAGGAAGGUCCGGUCCUACCGCCGUGCCCGCGAGCACGAGGUGCGGCUGGUCGUGGCCAAGAUCCGCGAGGCUGCCGGCGCGGGCGCCGCCGUGGACCUGAGCGAGCUGCUCAACUGCUUCACCAACGACGUGGUGUGCCACGCCGUGUCCGGCAAGUUCUUCAGGGAGGAAGGGCGGAACAGGCUGUUCCGGGAGCUCGUGGAGGCCAACUCGUCGCUCAUCGGCGGCUUCAACGUGGAGGACUACUUCCCGGCGCUGGUGAGGCUGGACGUGGUGAAGAGGAUGGUGUGCGCCAAGGCCCGGAGGGUGAAGAGCAUGUGGGACGAGCUGCUGGAGAAGCUCAUCGAUGACCAUGCCAGCAGGCUGCCAGCGGCGGAACGCGACGGCGGCGAGGAGACCGACUUCAUCGAUGUGCUGCUCUCCGUGCAGCAAGAGUACAAGCUCACCAGAGACCACAUCAAGGCGCAACUGGCGAUCAUGUUCGAAGCUGGCACGGACACGUCGUUCAUCGUCCUGGAAUAUGCAAUGGUUGAGCUGAUGCAAAACCCUGGCCUCAUGACCAAGCUCCAAGCCGAGGUGAGAGGCAACAUCUUAUUAGGCAACAAGCAGGGCAUGGUUAUCACCGAGGAUGAGCUCGGCAACAGCAAUCUAGCCUACCUCAAGGCCGUCAUCAAAGAGACGCUCCGACUCCACAUGCCGGCGCCGCUCCUGGUGCCGCACCUCUCCAUGGCCGACUGCGACAUCGAGGGCUACACGAUCCCGGCGGGGACGCGCGCCAUCGUCAACAGCUGGGCUCUUGCCAGGGACCCAAGCUGCUGGGAGAAGCCGGAGGAGUUCAUGCCGGAGCGGUUCAUGGAAGGCGGCAGCGCUGCGGCCAUGGACUACAAGGGGAACGACUUCCGCUACUUGCCAUUUGGGGCCGGGCGGAGGAUCUGCCCUGGCAUAACCUUCGCGUCCUGCACCAUCGAGGUCAUGCUAGCAAACCUUGUGUACCACUUCCACUGGGAGCUGCCGCCUGGAUCCAAGGAGAAAGGCAUCGAUAUGACCGAAUCAUUCGGGGUCACUGUGCACCGCACACACAACCUCCUCCUUGUCCCCGCACUGCCUCAUUAGUAGCUACUAGUUUUUUAGAUUCUCCUGUUGUGCUUUAUUUAGCUGCAUGCGGAUCGAUCAAGGCAGACUAGCUACUCUUAAACUUCCGAUCCUAUAUAUAAUUAUAUUGUUUGUUAUUGCGAAGACUACCUAUAUAUAAUAAGUGUUGGACUUGUUAUUAA